CUGUAAGAUAAAACUUAAUGCAUUUAUAAGAGUCGAGGACAUUUUCUUGACUGUAAAAUAUUCUAGACAACAGAAUGAAUCAUUUAAAGUGUUAGUUAGAAUGAAUAAUCGAGUGUGAUAGUGUGCACUAAAAUAAUUGUGCCAAAUAAACAGAUACAUCUGUGUGUCGUAACUUAGCAAGAUACAUGUCUCUAUGCAUGUAUACAUAUCUUGUUAAUAAUGCCGGUAGUGUGAUGCAAUCCUGUUGGCAUAACAAUGAGAGCAGAGGUUAGAAUAAUGGCUCAUGGAGUACAAUUAAAUUGAAAUUCGCAACAUCUAAGGAAUUUUAAUACAAUAACAUCCAUGAAAUGACACAAAUGGAGACAAAAUAAAGAGCUGGGGUUCACUUUCAACUAACCUCGUCCCUGCUUUUCGCUUGGAAAUGGUUGCGCUCGUCUAAUGCGCAGUGGUACCACACGGUGUCAUGCACUGCGCAAGGACAUUAAAGAGUGUACAAUAAAUCAGUAAAAAACAAUGGAUCGACGUAAAUCUGUACACAUCCAGGUGUGAUUGUCGUCAUCAACAGUUUAGAAGAAAACAAGCCAAUUUAUAUUCAAUGCAAGGUUUGAUGUUGUGGUAGUGCAACAUGUGGAGUCCAACACACGUUCAAGUGACAGUUCAAAGAGCUAAAGGGUUAUUAACCAAAGGCAAACACAAGACAAAUGAUUGCUUCGUGACGAUCGCACUUGGCAAGGAAAAGUAUCAAACAUCGGUUAAAGAGAAGGCGUCGGAGAAUGUGGAAUGGCAUGAAGAGUGCGAGCUACAAAUACCAUCACAAGGAAACACGGCGGAAAUCGUCUUGACCGCUCUUCAUCGUAACUUCCUGGGCGUCGACGAGUUUCUAGGAAUGGUGUGCAUACCUCUCUCAAGUUUCGACGUGUACGAACGACCGAGAAAUAGAUGGUACACUCUUGAGAGCAAGCCUGGAAAAGAAAAUACGAAAGAAAGAGGUGAACUUGAGGUGAAAAUAGGUUUUAUAGUAAAAGCUGGCAGUUUAACGGAUCUAACAAGGAAAGAAAGGCAUAAAAGCUCUCUAGGCCAAUUAUCAACGGCUGCACAAUCGAUUGGUGGCAGUUUAUUAAGUAUUGGCAGCUUAGAAAAGCGUAAAGGUUUGAAAAAGCUGGCUAAAUCAAUUGGUAAUAGAGUGAAAGGAAAGAGCAAAAAUAAAUUAGAUAGAGAUGAAUUUGAUGAAGUCGAAGAGCAUCAAAUAAGGCCUUCAAGACAAGAACCUGGUGAAGCGGAUCCUGGAGUUAUUAGUGAAGAUGAUGAUGAAUUUACGUUUGAUGAUUUAUCUCACAAGAGUUCAGCGUCAUCCUUGAAUGCACCUGUAUCUAGUGGCAUUACUUCCGGAUAUUCCAGUAACUCCACAACGACACAGAGUUCGCGUAUUACAACAGAAUUAAAUUCACCAACAUCCGCACCCACAAAUCCUGCGCCAAAUAAACCUCCCCGUUUUACUAGUUCUAUUUUAAACUCGUCGCCAGUAAAUGUGAAUAAUCAAGAGCAAGACGAAUGGGGUAGAAAGCUUUACGGGAUACAAUCGUCAAAUAAUGUCGGUAAAAAAUGGGAUAAUAAAUUAAAUCCCAAAAUUGUAAUAGAGCCGUCAAACGGAAAGCGUGACUUGUCUCCGUUAAAUACAUCACCAACUUUGAACUCGAGGUUGAAAGAAACUCCCGAGCCACCAAGUCCAGCACCUCGUGAAAUUAUUCAUUCGAAACGUAAUAAAGAUGAUAAAGCUACGACGAAAGAUCGUAAUUCAAAAGAAGAAAAACAGUUGAUUGGAGAUCGUAAUUCUAACAUUAAAGAUGAUAAAGUCGGAAGUAAAAGUCCGAAAGAAGAGAAAAAAUCGUUGAAGAGUGAUAAGAAGAAAGACAAAGAACUGAAGAGCAAGGAUAUUGGGGACGAUGUUCAAUCGUCUUCAGAGAGAAUUAUCAUUGGAGGAGAAGAUGGCAGUAAGAGUACAAUAAAAUCUAAAAGUCGACUUCCUCAUGAAGUCCUCGCUCAGUUCGACGGAAAAACGAGAGAGGAUCUCAUUGAAUUAGCUUUACAAUUACAAAGAGAAGUUAAUGACAAAAAGAGAAGGCUUAUUGAUCUUGAAGAUUAUAUCGAUUCUCUUUUACUACGUGUGAUUGAAACAUCACCUCGACUACUACAAAAUCCGUAUUCAUCAAAUCGUCACAUAUCCCCAAGCAGAGAUCGAAAAUACUAAUUAUUUUAUAUAAAUAUAUUGGUAUUUUCUUAUGACUAUUAAAAUCAAUAUGUCAUCGAUUUUAUGGAUCUUCCAAAUGUUGUUGCCGUUAUAAGAAAUUCGUAUUUUUGUAAAACAUUGUUAUUUAGGACAAAUUACUGCCAGUAUGUAAAUUAUUUUUAUAUUUCGUAAAUGCAGCAAUUUAAUUAUCUUUAAUCAUUCAUUAAUUAUUGUUAACUUAUCUAAAUAUUGAUCAAAAAUGUGAUCAACAAUUUAUUAAAAGUAUUGGAGUACUAUUAAUUUCAUAAAGUUUAGUAUAAUUGUUAGGAAUUAAAGCAUUUUACAAUUUUUUUGUUAAAUU